CUGCGGUUUUUGAUGACAUCUUUACACAUAAUGAUGUAGAUUCUGUAUACAUUUUUGUUGAAUUUUGACAACCGUUAACUUACAACCUGUCAGAAAAACUGUUGGAAAUGACCGACGUGUUCAAUGGGUUUGAACUUUUGUUGUUUCGACGUUUUCAGUCGUGUCCUGCUCUUUGGUUGGACUGGCGAGGAAAAUUGUUAUCCAAAGCAGUUGACAAGCCCGCUGGGCAAGGGACAUAUCAUGUCUUGGAAGACUUGGAAGAUAUUGGGGAGAUACCACAGAGUUUGUGGUAUUUGUCGGUCACCCUCCACAGACGUCAGCGUCCUUUGUUACAGCUUAUGGAACAAGAACUACAGAGAGAGAAAGAAAACAGACUUCCACAGGCUGGUGAAACUUUGUUAAGCCGUUACCUGAGCUGUCACCAGUUUACUGAAUUUUACCUGGAUAGCAUGUUCAAGUAUGGAGAUGACAACAGACUACCCAGAGAGAUAUUUAAAUGUCCCAAUGUGAAGUAUUUAUCCCUGAAGUACAACAGUUUGGACCAUAUUCCCGCUGAUAUUGGUCGGAUGUCGAAGCUGGAAUACCUGGCCCUGACCAACAACAAACUACAGGUCCACUCCCUGCCACACACCCUCAUCUUCUGCAAGAAUCUCAAAACCGUUCUUCUGGACAACAACCUGCUGGACGCUCUUCCGGGAUUCCUCUUGCAGAUGCCUUCCAUCGAGACAGUGCAUCGUCACGGCAACCACAACUACUUCAAGGCCACGUUUAUGUGGUACCACACUGACGUGAACUACCGCAUAAUCCCGAUAGCCGGGAGCAUGGACCCGAUGUUUCACCACCAGUACGAGAGUCUUCAGUUCUGGGCAGCCAAGACGCUGAUCGGCUUCAAGAAGGACUUCUUCAGUGACGAGCGCGUGGCCCAUGGCCUGAAGGACUACAUCGCCGACAUCUACGACAUGUUCCACAUCUGCCACUACUGCAACAAGGCCUGUCUGGCUCAUUUACAUGGUUACAAAGUGAUUACCUUCAAAAAUCCUUAUCUCGGAAACACAUGUGUUCCAUUUCAACACUGGGCAUGCUCAAAAGAAUGUGCCGAGAAACUGGAAGUUCCUGCUAGGAAGGAACAGAUUGCAGCGGCAAUGAAACUGGAUGAAAAGUAUGAUGAAUAUGUAAAUGAAUGUCAGCUACACUUCCACUCCCAUCGGACACGGUUACCCUGUGGUGCAAAGACAAUGUACGACGAGUGUCAACCCCCAAGUCAGCAUCUUGAUGAAUCCAGUGCGCAAAACACUCCCAAGAAAAAACACAGCACCAGGUGUGUUUGUGUUGUGUCAUAGUAUAGGAUAUGAUCUCUCCAGCAUUACACAGUGCCUAUUUUCAUAGUUGGGACUCUUAUACAUAAUAAAUAGAACUGUACCCCAUUCCUGCCAAUAUUUUAAGUGUUUUUAGUCAGUAAUUUCAGUUUGGCUUGACAUUUAAAAAAAACCCCAACUAUUUUGCAAAUGACAAAUAUAUGCUAUUUAUAAUGCAGGUUGUAAUAACAUUUGACAAUAUAUAAAUAAAACAGCUAUGCUUACACAUGGUGAAAAAUGUCAUCUACUCAUGAAGUUUGAAGUUAUGUUUUCUUGAUUAAUUUAUCCUGUUAAACUCUGUAUUUCAUUACUAGUUUACUAGAUUUGUCUUCUAGUUUGAGAUCUGUUUUGUAGAAUUGAAAAAAAAGAAGAUUUUUUUUUUUUUUUACACUUGAUGAGCAGGUGACAUUUUAUUUAUGCCAGGAUAAUUGUUUUCCCAAUUUGUAAAUAAAAAAUAUAACUUUUCUAUUUAGACAAACUAAAAUUAUUGACACAAAGCACUUGAAAUAUUUGCCGAACUUGGGUACAGUUUGAUUUUACUGCAGGUGUCUUCCACUUUUUGCAUGUGGCCUCUGCAACAUAAAAUAGUUUGAAUCGGAUGUUGAAAAUGGGUUGGGUUUUUCAAUUUGAAUUGGGUCUGCCUUGGACUACAACAUGGAACAGCUCCAAGUGAAAAUGUAUUGCAUUUUGAGGUCCAUCAGUGUAAUUUUGUAGUCAACAUUUCAUUAAUCAGUUACAGUUGUGUAAUUAUGCACUCUCUACUCAGCCCUCCCUCCAAUUACUACCAAAAUAGUAGAAGGACUAGUAAUCUGUUAAUUACCAGUUCGAACAGAUAAUACUGUUUGAAAGAUCUAAUCCUUAAAAUGAUUUGGUUUUAGUGCUUUGUUUUUAUAAUGAUCAAUACUGAAUAUAUGUAUUGCUCAUUAUUCACUAUUAUUAUUGUUUUAUAGGUAUGUCCAUAUAAAUAACUGUACUUACAUUACAAACUUUGAAAAUAAUUGCGGUAAUAAAAUUUUUGUAGCAGUGGAUUGAUCGAUAAACAUAUAAUUAAAUUAUAGGAAAAAACUCUGGGUUAUAUAAGGUAAAUCGUCUUCCAUAUAAUUGCACACGAGAGCUAUCAGCUGAGCAAAAAGUGAUUUGAGACUUUAUGUGAAGGUGAUUUUGCUGAGUUUUUCUCCUCAUGUGGUCAUGCAGAAAGUAUCUCUCAUGUUUGAUAUUUUUGGCCAAAAUAGCACCUUUUGCAGGCUACAUUAUCUGUCAGCUGAGGUAAAUUUUUCACCUGAUAAAUGGAAACAUGAAAAUUGUGUGAUGUCGUUGUGACAGUCAUAAGCCAACUAGUUCAGCACUUAGCAUAUUGUGUGCAGUGAAAUUCUAACAGGUGAGCAGAAAGUCUCAAAUAACCUUUUGCUCAGUUGAUAGCUCGAUCUUGUGUGCGGGAGGCUUAAAAUUAGAAACCAAAUUAACAAAGGGGUAAUAUGGUCAUUGUGUCCUGGAUAUAAUCAUCAUUCAUUGAUCCCCCACCCCUUCCUGCCCCGGAACCACCCACUGGCUAUGUCAUAGGCUGGACCCGUGGUAGGCAUGCCUGAACCUUUAUUGGGCACGUAAUUAGAGUUCCCAUUCCCAUCAUUCAUUGUGUAAAGCAUUUUCGCAAGCCACCGUAUGAUUCCAUACAGUAUACGACAUUACAAAAUGAAGUAUACUGUAUGGAAUGGUAGCUUGGCUUGCGAAGAUGUGUGUGAAGCUGUGUUACAGUAUGAUUGGCCCUUGGCUAAGUAAACUGUCUUUUUAAGGCAGACCUUCCAAGCCUGACCACUUUACUCUACCAAACUACUCAGAUACAGUGUGAAUUAUAGCGAUUUGUUUUGAAAUAUACAAACUGAAGUAAGAUUGUUCUGAACUUUGACGUAAAACAUUGCAUUAGGGCCCCAUUUUACAAAAUGGUCUUAGCACCAAGAAACCGUAAGUGCAUAACUACCUUAUAGUCUUAAACACUUAAGGUGAUCGUAGCACUAAGAUCACUUUGUAAAACAGGGCCCAGAUCUUUAUGUAUAUACUGUUGUGGAUGCUAUUUUCUAAACUAUAUGUUCAUAAUAUACUGUGAAAGCUUUUGUCUUGCUCCAUUUUCAUCAAUGAUUAAUGAAAUUACCAGUAGCUAGUUCCAUACACUGUGAUAUUUGAAAGUCUGUUGAUAUUUGCUGUACAGAUUGUGAAUACAUGUGCAAUUGUAUAUGUCACGUUUAUUGUGUGAAUGUUUUGAGUGUGUAAAUAUUGACUGGGUUGUGUCAGAAUGAUGUCAUAAAAAAAAGAUCUCAAAUGACUGAUGUCUGCUCACUUUGAUGAACUGUUUCGAUUAGACAAAACUCUUUUCAAUUUUUUGUUUUUUUCCCACUUUAUUGUGUCAAAACCUGAUGUUUUACUUAUUCGAUAACUUCCUCAAAUUAAAUUUUAUUUUAGUGUACAGGAAGUAUUUUGGCAUACAAGUGGGUAUGUAAAUACCAGUUGCUUUGUGUCUUGGUUUUUCAACAUUACCUGACCCCCCCCCCCCCCCCCCCCACCCCCCACCUCAAUCAUACUUACAUGAUCAUUUAUUGUAGAUAUUUGUAAAAUAAAUUGCUUUAUCAUUUUACCCACCUAGGUUGACCCAUCCAUUACCUCAUGAAAAAAAGUAAAAGCAAUAAAAAGCAGAUCCAAACAAUUAGUGAUGUUUUACUUUUGUAAAGUUCACUAUAAAUAUGUUACGUUACAACAGAGUCAUUUCAAGCAGUUAACAAAUAUUUCAUCAUUAUGAUCUGUUUCUGAUUUUGAUCAUUUUCAAUUGUAGUCGAGUGUUUUUUAGUUGUUAUAACUUUUACCUUGAUUUAUCAAAAUACCUCUAUGUAUUGUUUACAGUUUGAAUAUAAAAAAUGUUUAAAUCAUAUGCAUUUAAAACUAGAUUUGGAAUAACAACUAAAAAUAUUAGAUAAAAGUCAAAUGUUAUUUCAGUACACAAAACUAAGUAGCUAUUUUGUGUCUUGUUAAGAACUUCUGUCCUGACAAAUCUGCUGGACACUGCUUCUCAAAGUAUUGGUUUGAAUAAAAUUAACAUUAAUAUGUUGAUUUACCCAUAUUUGUAAAAUCAGAUUUAAUAAAAUAGCUCAUUUGUUACUUGUAAUAUAGCACUCAUAACAUGUAAGAAAAGAUAUUCUCUCAUCAUCGGGUAUAUGGGACAGAACUAUCCCAUGAAAGAAAGCUAUAUAAGAAUUUUGAUGGUGAUGUGAGGUUAUCAGACAACAAUUUUAACACAAUAUUUUGUUACUAAAACCUUCAUUUAUAAAAGCUACCUUGUUAAUUUAUAGUGUUAAAUUACUUUUAAAACAUGAAACAAACAUCAUGGCAAAUACGAUAAUGUAGUUUAUUUAUGAUAAAAUGGUGAAAUAAAAAAGUUACUUUUUCAGCCAUCUUGGUCUGUUCGUGUAAAAUAAUAGUUUAUUUACUGAAUGGUUGAGAGAAAAAGACUCCAUCAUAUGCGGUCAUUUGAGAUAGAAACAGUAUACCCUCAGUGGUGAAAAUUUUAAACUUUGGGACUUGGCAAGCCUCAUCCUAGGUUGACAUUUCCACCACCUUGUGUGUACGUUUCUAUUCCACAUGACAGCAUAUGAUGGAGUCCUAUAAUAAAUAUUUUAAUAUAUAAUAUUUUUAUCAUAAAAUUCUAUAAAGAUGUUGAUAACUUCAAUAGCCCAAUGGGCCCACUGACGGGGAUCGAUCCCAAAUCGACCGUGCAUAAAGCUAGCCCUUCCCACUGGGCUAAGGCCCACGGCCUCUAUAUUAGUCAGAUACUUAUUUAUAUUUGUACAUCAUGGACUACUUAAACAUACACAUAAUGAAAGUCAUAAUUUACUACAGAUGUGGGCAUUUUGUACACAUCUUAAAUUUAUAGUUUUAAAUAAUGCAAUAUAUGUAUAAUGUCAGAUAUAUGCAAUACAUUAUUGUUACAGCAGUGAGCAGUUGUAAAGGCUAGAUUAUAGUUCUGAUUCUCGUUUGUGUAUGGUUUACUGUAGUCAUAAUUCAGAAUGUGGGAUUGCUUCAAACUGUAAGCAGCAUCUCAUGAAUUGUUUAAACACUGUUCAAGUUAUUUUUGUAAUGUUUUACAAUGUGUUUAGUUCAUUUAGUCUGUGAGAAAGUGUGUACCUGCAACAUGUUUUACAUGAGCGUUUCAUAAAAAAGCCUGUUGAUAUUAAUGGUAAAAGUUAAAACCGAUAUUCCACUUUUGUUUGUUUAAAUGGAUGUAUUGAUACUGUUCAUUUAUCCAUUUUGAAAUCAUUACAUUUUUGUAUGGCUAUUCUGCAAUAAAGUCUAUGUUUGCAAA